AUGGGGACACAAACAACCCCAAAUAAAGAGCUCUUCUUGAGUGGAUGUUUAAGUGUUUUGAAAGAACAAAAAGCCGAUGUAAGGCUAAAGCCAUGUGACAGUCGUAAAAAGGCAGCUAUCUCUGCCCAUAAGCUUAUUCUGUCUGCAAGAUCAGAGGUGUUUAAGAAGAUGUUUGAAUCAGACCAAUGCAAGGCUUCGUCUAGGCUGGAGACAAUCACUCUCUCGGAGCUGAGACAUGAAGAGUUAGAAGCUUUCGUUGAGUUCAUCUACAGCGACGGCUCUAUUCUUUCAGAGAAGGCGAAGCAACACGUUAGGUCACUCUAUCGUGCAGCCGACAAAUAUGAGAUUCCGCAUCUGCGUGGCCUAUGCAGAAAUGAACUUAUAGCAACUCUUGACUCUUCGGAUGCUCUUAGAGUUCUUACGCUCGCUGAAAUCCCUCUCGACCAAGCCCUCAGCGAUGCCGCGCUCAAAGUCAUAAAAAUCAAUAAAAGCAUGAUUUCUACCUCCACGGAGUUCGAGGGUUUCGUCUUCGAUCACCCAAAUCUUACCGUGCAGAUAGUGAAGGCUAUUUCGGCCAAGUGUCUUCGCUGUCCUCUUCCUUGUUGUUACUGUUCUUAUCAUUAA